UUUUUCGAUAUGAGUACUAGUCCAUACGCUCAAUUGCAUAUCGACCUUUAUCUCCCAUCACUAGAAGCGCCAAAUUCUGCAUUGCUUGCAUUUUUAUUCAAAAAGUCUGAUUGUCUUUUAAAAUAUGUGUGAUAUAGAUAACCUGAUUGACUUAACCGAAUGUGACGAAACCAAGGAAGACCAUGGAAGUUUCCAUAAAGAGGAGGAAAAGGAAAAUCAUCUCGUGGCCACAAACUGUUUCAGGGAACCCUACGAUCCUUUUGACAUGGUUGAGAACGAAGCUUAUAAUAAGGCCAUUUCUUUAAAGUCUCAGAUAGAUGAAAAGGUGUCGAGUGCCGAGUGCCAGUACCCGGAUCUUAUUAAUGAAAGUCCUCCGGUUUGCAUGCAAUCAGAUGGGUUGCCUGCAGAAGCAUCUAGGCAGCGAUGUACCAACAAUUGUUUUCAAAAACAAUUGCUGAAGCUUAAUGUUUCGCGUUUGAUGGCUGACAUGCUGCCUAAAAGUUUUGAUGAUUGCGCUCAGUUCGAAAACACCAUUUUGAGGGAAAAUUUGCAGAUGUUGGCAGCUGAGUCACCGUUAAAAUUAAUAGAGGACGACCCAUUAUCUUCUAGUGCUAAUUUCGAAGAAGAUUUAAAAAUGAUGCGCAUUCCGAUUUUGGAUGUAUUGAGUAAGGAAAAGACAUCAUUAGCCAUAGAAAAUCGCGACAGCCAACUUUCUGAAAAAAGAAAAGAGGAUGCGCCUCUGACCAAUGACCUGUCAAAAUCAAAGCAUUUAAGAAAACUUCUCCAACAGUUAAAAGUUCUGACUCGUGAAAAUAUUGACAAGUCCAAGUGGCAUCAUUUUGAUGAGAUAAUAAGUUCUAUUUUUCAAAUUAUAUAUGGAUGUACCGAUGAAAAUUUUGAAGCCAACGAAGACAAUCAAAAUGCUAAGGCAACACUUUCACUACCUUACCCGUACACACGGCAGGGGACAUUCGACCUUGAACCACAGUACAAUAAAGGAAAGAACGAUGAGAAUGUAGAUAACCAAGAGACUAGCUUCAAGUCCACCAUCGGUGGUAACAAGAUUCAAAAUUUUCCUGAAGCUAUGGUCUCUUCGACAGCGACGUUUGAUGGAGAAUCUUAUUUUGAAAAAGAUUCCUACCAAUGCCUUCAACCUUUACCUUCCAUGCAAUUGGCCGCAAGAGAUACGUUUAUGACUCAGUUGGUGGAUGAAAGUCUGGCUAUUCAGAUUAAAAACAUUUUAGAACAACAUAGCCUUACUAAGACUGCCAUUGGUAUCAUUGAACAGCCCAGCACCGAUCCAAGGACGGUAAUUUUACUAGUAAAUCCAAGAAAAAAUGAUGAGAAAUUGCAGACCCCUAUCUGUGUUAAGCCUUUAAAUCCAACGCCCAAACCUAUUUUAAAAGAUGCAGGAACGAUGCGUCGGCGAUCUUCUUCACUUUCAAUACAUGACAAGACGAAUCUGAUCAAGGAAUCACGAAAGUCCGAUCGCCAAAUGGAAAAUUUUGAGAACAUUCAACCUACGGAUACUAAAAGCACGAGCUCUACCGCGUCGUUUAAUGCAUCGAAUGCAUUUCGACAGAGGCGGAAUUCGUUUUCUACGACAAAUACAGUUUCGAAGCCAUGUGACAGGCGCUCAGUCUUGGGAAGUCGUAUAAAAACGCCGUCGAUAUCAGAGUCUUUAGUCAAGGGCCAGGGUGCUAUGAAGACUACUAUUCCAAUAAAACGAGUGGUUCCCAUUAUGAAACCUUUGGGCUCCUGUAACGAAAGUAAAGCCCUAUCCGUAUCAGCCACUCGCUGCCCUGUUCCAGAGACGCCAAUGUCAUCAAAGGGCAAGACUGGACAGAAAAUAUUUAGCACCAGCACUCCAUUACCCCAGAUGCGCUCCCAACCCCGCAGAUCGCAUAAACCUCCUCUUUAAAGACCUAAAUCAGAAGCCCAAAAACCAGAAAUCAGUUUUUCUGAUAUGUCUGAAAUUGGUCAACGUGCUGAUACUGCCGAUUGCAAUCCAUGCAUCGUCGCAUAACUGGAGGCAAUGUCGUUUGAAAGUGAAUAUAUUUGUGAUGUCUAAGGUGAAGUUAUUAACCUUGAAAGAUAAAGCGAAUGUAAAUAUGAUUAGAUCCUAAUAUUUUCAUGGUUGUUUCCCCCCAACUUCGCUAGAUAAGAGAAAGACACUAAGUUAUUGACCAUUCUAAGUUGAUUUAAAUGUUAGAAUCGCUAGUUUUAUGCUUUACUAUCUUUAUUCUAAAAUAAAAAAAAAAUGUGUUAUUUAC